UUAGGUCCUCUGGUUCUCGUUGAUGACCUGUUUGGUUAGUCCCAGUGAUGCUUUUUCAGGAACCCGUUCACAAAAUUGUCGACUCAGAUUGUCUACCGCUCAUAUUUUAAGGUGAAUUCAUUUUUUUCAAGCACAAACUGCAUGUACUGAGGGGUAUUGUUCUGUUUCUCUCACACCUAGGUAAUAAAAUGCAGCAGUAAAAUGCACGAUAAAUGGCACUGUAGCUGGAUUACAUAACAUCAUUUGCACAAAACAAACACGCUACAGUACGAAAACUUCGGUCACGGCAACAGCAGCAUGUAAAACUGAACAUGCGUCAGUUUUACACGACUGCUUACGGCCAUGUUAUGUAAAAGGGAGUGUUUGUGCUUUUAUCACACAAGAGGAACCUGAGCUGUCUGUGAGAGGGAAGUGUUUGGUUGUCGCUCACAAACAGAUGUGUGUUUCUGUCCUCUCAGAGGAGCUGCAGGUGUGUUCUCCAGGUGACCAAAGAGACGCCAAAGAGGAAGUAAACAAGCUGCAGUUCCAUCGCCAUGACGCCCCCCUCCAGGCUCUGACCUCCUCACCAGGACUUCCUUCAUGCUCCUCCUCCUGCUGCUGCCAUGACCUACCUGGUGCACUCCGCCCACGCCCAGCUCUGUGCCCUCUGGCUGGCCAGCAUGGGCUGGACACUCACCGCCGUGGCUCUGGGCCUCGUUGAGUGGAGGGUGUGGCUGGUGUCCCACAGCGAGGCCGUCAGCUCCGGCGUGGCCUGGGUGGGCGUGUGGAGGACGUGCUUCCACAGCCGCACGGUGGUGAGUCCCAGCUUCACCGUGAUGCACUGCAGCCCCAUCGGGCUGACGGAGGAGUUCACGCCGCCGGAGAUCGCGGCCGCUCAGGUGCUGAUGCUGCUGUCGCUGCUGGUGGGGCUCUGUGGGAACGCUGGGGGCGUCUACUCCAUGAGGAACGCCUACUUUGGACUGGACAGGAACCCGCCCAUCCGGCUGUGCUUCGUCCUCACCGGGGCGCUCUGUCUCCUGGCUGCCGGGAUGUCGUCGGUGCCGUUAAUUUGGAAUCUGAGCUCCGUGGUGACCAAUCAGACGAUCCUUUUCCCUCCUGAGUUCAAAAUGCCCGCGGCGCCUGAUUCCCAACACGUGGGUGCCGGCGUGAGCGUGGGACUGGCGGGCGCCGUCCUGAUGGUGCUGUCUGGGAUUGUCUUCUGCACCUACAGGUUACCAGUGAGCAGAUUAUUACCCAGAAGCCCCCAGGGGACAGAUAACCUGGCGUUUGAGCCCCACGAACACUCGUGAUGGGUUCGUCUGGACGUUUUCAUCCCUGGACACCAGCAGAGGCACACUGGAAAAAAAGCUCCUCUCAAAACAAGAAGAAAACUUAUUUCAAGCAACUUUUAUCGUGAAAUAAGUGAAAAAUCUGCCAAUAGAAAAAGUGAAAAAUGUGAAAUCUUGAAAUAAGAUAUGAUAUUCAGAAUAUUGAAAUCUUAAAAUUAGCUGGAAAACUUAUUUUAAGCUCUGUUUUACCAGGAUUGUCAAGCGUAGGUGUCUGAAAAUAAGCCAGACAUGCUAAAAAAAAGCAGUUUUCCACUCAAAAAUAGAUUUCCGCUUUCAUGUAACCUCCUUAUUUCAGAUGUUUUAACCAACAAUAACUCCAGUAAUUCCUCAAAUGUUUUAUUUUUAAAAAUUCCGCAAAUUUCGGCAAGAAAAUUCUUGGAAAUAUUUUCAAGAAAUCGGUAAAAAUCUUACAAAAAAAAAUCCUAAAAAUAUCUAAAGUGAUUAUAAAUAUGUCAG